AUGAAGCCGUUGGAGGAGUUAGCAACCGGCUGUGCCGGUCAUACCACCCUUAAAUCCCAUAAACUUUCAAAAAAACAGAGGUUCCCUCCCAAAUCUCCAUCUUCGUACCUUCUCUCUGGAUUUGAGUUCCCAUCUUUCGGAUUCUCCCAGGAACAAAAAUGCGUGAAGAAUCCUCUCAAAAACAGCAGAAACAAUGGUCCUUAGACGACUUCGAGAUCGGAAAACCUCUCGGCAGAGGCAAAUUCGGCAGAGUCUAUCUCGCCCGAGAAAUCAAGAGCAAGUAUGUAGUGGCAUUAAAGGUGAUAUUCAAGGCGCAGAUUGAGAAGUACAGGCUUCAUCACCAGCUAAAGAGAGAGAUGGAGAUUCAGACCAGUCUUUGUCACCCAAACGUACUGCGUCUCUAUGGUUGGUUUCAUGAUUCCGAGAGAAUCUUUUUGAUUCUUGAGUACUGUUAUGGGGGAGAGCUCUAUAGGGAGUUAAGGAAGACUGGUUAUCUCACUGAAAAGCAAGCCGCCACGUACAUUGCAAGCCUCACACAAGCAUUAGCAUACUGCCAUGAGAAGCAUGUGAUUCACAGGGAUAUCAAGCCUGAGAAUUUGUUGCUAGAUCACGAGGGUCGACUGAAAAUUGCAGACUUUGGAUGGUCUGUACAAUCAACAAACAAGAGACGAACCAUGUGUGGAACUUUGGACUAUCUUGCACCAGAAAUGGUGGAGAACAAAGCUCAUGACUAUGCAGUUGAUAACUGGACUCUGGGAAUCCUAUGUUAUGAGUUCCUGUAUGGUGUCCCUCCAUUUGAGGCAGAAAGCCAGAGUGAUACAUUUAAAAGGAUAAUGAAGGUUGACCUGAGCUUCCCUUCCAAACCCCAUGUCUCAGCCGAAGCUAAAAAUCUCAUUAGCCGGCUUCUGGUGAAGGAUUCUUCAAAAAGGCUCUCUCUUCAGAAGAUCUUGGAGCAUCCUUGGAUAAUCAAGAAUGCAAAUCCUACGGGUACCUGCAACGAAUAGCAGCAUAGUUUCAUACUACAUCUAACAGUAUAAACAUUUUGGUAAAACAAAGCUUUUUUCAGAUCACUGUAACCUGCAAUCCUCAUUGUAUCCAACAUCUGCACAAAGAUCAAGAGGCAUUGGAUUUGUUAAUUCUGAAAUCCAACCUUUAGUUUAUUGUAUAACUCUACUCUUAGCUGCAACUUCCCUUUUUUCUUCCUUUCUGUUCAUAGAAGGCUGCAACUUUGGAUUGCAUUUAUAAACCUUAAUGGUUAAAACCAUUACUGGGAAGCAUUUUUCCCUCUCCACCCUUCUUUUUAAUCUAAAGUUCUGUGAAAACCA